AUGAAGGCGCUUCGUCUUCUAACCCAGUUUAGGAAGCCAAGUCCCUCGCUAUUGUUCUCGCAAAGGCGCGCCCUUUUCUCUUCGUCUUCAGCCGCUAACCCUAGGGUUUCAAAUUCCUUUUCCGACGAGGACCGAGAAGGCAGCGGCGUUUAUCGGCGAGCACUCAAGUUCCAGCGUCCAACGACAAUCACAUGGCGUCGUCGGGAAGAGAAUCUGGACAACUUUGGUAGCUUUAUCGGCACUGUAUGGCAUCCUUGGCAAGAGAAUCUGGGAAACUCUGGUAGCUUUAUCGGCACUGUAUGGCAUCCUUGGCAAGAGAAUCUGGGAAACUCUGCUAGCUUUAUCGGCACUGUAUGGCAUCCUUGGCAAGAGAAUCUGGGAAACUCUGCUAGCUUUAUCGGCACUGUGACUGGCCCCCUUCGGGUCGUAAACAACAACGACCGUGGUCCGUUUGGCGUUCACACUGUUCUUUGCGUCAAAAACACCCCUCAAUCUGACAGCACUUUUACGAUACUACUGAAGAUGUGGGGCGAGAUGGCAGAAUUGUCUUUCAAACAUUUGAAACCGAAUGAUUUUAUUUAUGUCUCAGGUUGUUUAGGUUCUUACACAAGGGUGGAUCAGAAUGGGAAUUCCAGACUGCAUCACGAGUUAGUAGUGCAGGAGUUGAAUUAUGUAGCACAACAUGGACAAGGAUCAAGCUCCAAAACUUAUGAGGAACCACAAUCUGAUGGAGGUGGAGCUGUUUCAGAGAAGUAUAAGGAUCGCCUUCACUUAUGGCAAGUGUUUUUUGCCAAUCCGUAUGAAUGGUGGGAUAACAGGGAAGACAAGUUGAAUCCAAGGCAACCAGAUUUUAAGCACAAGGAUACUGGUGAAGCUCUCUGGCUGUCGUCAGGUGAUCCUCCAUGGAUUAAAAGACAACUCGAAUUGCUUGACACGAGAAUGGCAGAACAGGGGCACGGCCAAAAACGUUUCCGUGUCUCCAAGUGGGAGUAUGAUGAGUAG